CCUCCGCCACUCUGAUUGGCCAACGCCAUGAGGGCCGGCCCGCCCGGCAGCGAGACGAUGAAGCGGCGGGUCGUCUCCACACGAGGCGCUCUAAGAUGGCGGCCGAGGGGCAGCUGUUGUGUUGGGAUGUUUCACCCAAAAAUGGCAAAGAAGUGUUUUUCUCACGUGAAACGUAUGAAAAAUACUCACUGGCUCCAAGCCUAUUGGAACUGUGGAAUUUAUCAAACAGACUAGAAAGAUUGGCAAAGAAAGGUGUGGAGACAUCGGCAAAUACUUCAGAAAACAAACAGACUGGUAACAUACAGGCUAAAAACGCGGUUGAGGUGGAGGCUAAAGCCACAAUCGACGAUGAUCCUUUUCCAGAACCUCGACUUCCCUAUCCAUUUACCUCCUGUCUGACUGAGAAGGAGCAGAAAACAUAUUUAUAUCUGAUGACCAAGUUCUCAAAAACACCAAAUAAUUUUCCUCUCAGUGCAGCAAGUCAAAGAGAAUUACUCACCUAUCUGAAAAUGAAAGAAAUAGUAAACAAUGAAGUUGCAGAAUUUAUGAAAUUUGCCCAAAAUGCUGCAAAAAGCUGCGCUCAAGAUUACGAUAGCAUUUCUGAGGAUGCACUACUUUAUACUGAGGAAUUAUUCAGGGCUUGUAUUGGACAUGUGGAAAAGUAUCCCGAGUUUUACACGUUACAUGAGAUCAUGAGCAUCAUGGGAGGAAAAUUUAACACGCAAUUGACCUUCAAGCUGGAAAAAAAUCUUCUUGUAAUGGGUACAGCAAGAUUUGCUAGAAUGGCAUUCCCUGCCGUGCCUGUUCAGCUCUGCACAGAUUAUAAAACCGUUACAUCUAUUAUAACUCCAGAAAAAAAGGCUUCUAUUAUGCACAAUGAUAUCAGUUCAGAUUCAAAUGCGGAAAAGCUUGCUUUGAAAUACUCUCCUCAAGUUGUUCUAAGCAAUCAGUCAUUAUUUACAUUACUGAAUAACCAUGGACUAAACUACAAGGAACAGUGGGAAAUUCCAGUUUGUAUUAAGAUGAUCCCUACUGCAGAUGACAAAGCAGCUAAAGUGGUUUUCAUUGACUCACCGCUUCUGAAAAAGGAAAUGACAAUAAGAGAGAGGAACCAAAUAUUCCAUGAGAUUCCAGUGGACUUCCUAGCAACUAAAAAGUCUUACGUUUCAAUUUCCGAUGUUGUGAUGGACAAACCAGAAGAGGACAAUCCGUUACAGUGGGAUGUGUCUUCUGAUACGUACCAGUAUAGGAAGAUUCCACUUGCUGAUGAUGCAGGGAUGGAUUUUGAUGAUGAUUUUACAGAACUGGAAACUUUUGGAGCAACUGUCAAACUCUCAAGGACUUCUAAAGCAGAAAAUACUUGUUCAGUUAGUAACACUGAUAAAGGUUUGUCAUGUGACCUACAAACAGAAAAAAAACUGACAUCUAACAUAAACAGUGAAGCUCAAGAGAGAAAAACUCCUCUUUCUGAGCAGGGAUUUUCAGCGUAUUCCAGAACGCAGCUUCCAUCAUGUGGCAGUGUAGGCUUCAGCCCUGAAGGAAAUUUAGCUCAUAAAAACUUUCAUUCUGAGAAGAUAGAAUCGAACAAAUCACAGGAUGUCAUGACCAAAAAAGUAUCAGACGAUGAAACAAAUACUUCAUAUCCUGCUGUAAGUUUCAAAAAUGACUCUCACGCCGUACAGAAAGAUGAGACGUUUGCUCCUUCAUGCAGUAGUGACACUGAUGAAGAUCGUUUAAUAAUUGACACAGAACAUAAAAAUACUGAAUGCAAAAAAACUGUUCCAGAUGGUGUUUCUCAGACCUUGGUCCAGACUUCCAAGUCACCUUCCCCCACCCCAACUCCAUCAACAAGCGUGGCUGAUUGCUCAGAAAUUGUGCAUCAGGGGAAAAGUGCCUCCAAAAAGCCUCCGAGAAGGUUGUCCAAAGAAUUUGAUCCCGUUGGACGGAUAUUGAAAAUGCAAACGGAGCUCCUCAAGUCACCUACCCAGAAAGCUCGUGAGCAGCCAGCAGUGAGCUGUGAUAAUGCUGAUGCUGUGCAAACUCACGUGCCUCAAUCUUCAAAACCACCGGUGAUCUCCCACACAGCACCUGGGCUGGGCCCUGCCCCAAAUCCUCAUGGCUCGUCUCGGAAUACCUGGACGUGCCUUUUUCAGGGAGUGCCAAGGAGAAAGUUGCCAGAUGAACUUCAGAUGAUUGUGGAAGAUCCUGGAGAGUAUAAAGCACCUCAGGAUGGCAACCUUGUGUAUAAGCUGUUCAGUUUGGAUGACCUGUUGUUACUUGUGCGUUGCAAUGUGCAGAAAGUGAGAUCAUUGCCUCGUUACAAUAAAAAGAAGAAAGCUCAAAAGCUUAUUCCAAUAUUCCUAUUGCCUAAACUGGAAUACCAAGCCUAUUACGGUGUCGAAGCUCUUACAGAAAGUGAAGUAUGUCAGCUGUGGACAGAGAGUUUGCUUCAUUCUGAAUGUAUAUUUUAUAUUGGGCAUAUUGAUGGUCUUACAUCAAAACUUAUUAUGCUAGAAAAGAUUUCUCCAAAUACGUUAAGAGAAAAGCUUGGAUUGAUUAAGCCAGCGAAUUCAUUGAAUAUACUUCAUCACAUAUUGAAGAAAGUGUCUGAUUUGCAGGAGGGCUCUUAUCUGUUGACUCAUGCUGCAGGAGAUUCAUCAGUUGCAAUCUACAAGAGUUCUCUUGACAAGCCAACAAGAGCUUCAUAUAACUUACAUAAGGCUCAUUGUGAUCUGCCUACAGUACCUGCCAUGCUCUCAGUGCCUUGGGUGCCUUUAGAUCCCAGUCUCCCUUUGCCCUAUCACAUGAAACAUGGAAGAGUCCCGUGCACCUUUCCGCCUGCACCCCAAGAAGCCAUAUGGAAACAGAAGAUGAGUGGGGUGAAAGGGCAGUCAGACGCACCCUACGAGGGAGAGCCAGUAACUAUGGAAACACAAGGCAACCCAGUUAAGCCUGUUAGAAAUGAAGGUGUGGCUGCAAAGAAGCUGAAGAAUUACCGCAAGCAAAGAAUGAUGAAGAAAAAGUGGAAAAUGAAGCAAAACAAAACACAGGUGAAGUAGGAAUAUCUGAACCGUGCUAAGCAUGGACUGGAGAAGGUCAAAAUGGAACAAUGAAUCUGCGGGUUUUUGCAGUUUCAAAGAAGCCAGAACAAACUGGUUGGGGAAACAGCUCCACAGCCAUAUUUAGGAACAAUGAGAAGUUCUACAAACCUUUAACCCCUUCUUGCCUUUGCAGGCUCAUUUCAAUUGAAAAAUCCUAAAUUCAGUCAGGAGUUUGAAACAAACAAACAAAAAAAAAUGAGUGUCUCCAGCUGAGGUCAGGGGGAAAAAGGUACGUCCUCUUAGUCUCGUCAUUUUUGUAGAGUAACUGCAGCUUGAAGAAAGACACAGUGGUCUACAACAGUAUCUGAUACGCCUUAGUAACAAGAAAAGCAACUUUUCAGUUUGCUUAGUUCUUCCAGAAUCACUACAAGUGCAAGUGUGGAGAUUUAUCUUGUUAAUUCUUUUAACAUGUAAAUGUUUUAUGUCUAUAAAUUUUUUAAAGUUAUUUACAAAAAUGCAUUCUCUUUUUAGGAUGGUGUAGCAGAUGAGUCUGGGGAAACAAAAGCUGUGUUUAAUAGAAAAGUAUGUGCCAUAAAUGUGCAUUAGGAAGCCUAAGAGUACAGCAAAGUGCAAAACAGUUAAAGAGCAUUUUGUGCUCCCGCAGCACAAUUUCCAGGAAUUACUUUGGUUUCUAGCAUGUUUUCAAAGAUAAAUAUUGAUGUUUUUCUCAUUGUAUUACUGAAAGGGUGCAGUCCAAUCUCCUGUCAGAGUUCAGGGGGAUACAUGGUGGUGUUUACCUGAGCUAUUAAAGUUUGCCUUAGUCGACAUUUGAAAAAGCCAACAAGGCUAUGGUAUAGCUCAGCACUUCACUUGAAAUUUUGAGCCAAGCUGAGUGUGAGGUUAAAAAAAGAGUAUCCUGCCUGCUGCGGUUCCUAGUGAGAAAGAAAGAAGAAAAUUCUUACAGUGGUCAGUGUUUGAGGUGCAUUGUAAGCUGUGAUGCAUUUGUAAUUAUUUUCUGGAUUUCUGGUUAUGUGCUUCUUGAUUAGGAGAGCUGAUUUUAGAAAAGUUACGAAUUCUUGGAAGUCAGUAAAUUCUUUCCCACGUUUGCCUUUUAAAUCACAGAACUGUUUUAAAAUGUCUGAGCCAAUUUCUGAGUGAUGUUCCAGCGGGUUGUUUGUAUACGUGCUUAAAUUGCUAACUUGAAAAACAAAGGCCUUGAAGACUGUCUUCCAGUUCUUUUACAUGGACUAAGUAAGGGACAAAGUGCAUACAUCUGAUCAGAGGAGUUCUACAUAAUGUGGAAGUUUUGAUGUUGGGUUUUUUUAUCAUGAGAGUAAAAAUAAACUAUUUUAUUUGUUUA